AUUUAUUUAUUUUUCUUCCUUUUACUUCUCCUUUAUCUUACUGCCUUGUUUAUAUAUAUAUAUAUUUCCUUUCUUUUUUUUUAAUUGACAUUUAAACUUAUGUAUUUCUCUUUCAUCUGUUAUUUGGCAUUAGCAUUGUUGUUAUGUUCAGCCAUUGACGCUUACCGUAUAGGCACUGGUAUUUCAGAUAUCACUGGGCCUGUUACACAAGUCAUGCUGAUGGGCUAUGCUGUUCUCGGGCAGACGGGACAAGGCAUUCUCCAACGCUUAUGGUCAAGAGCAUUUAUUAUAGAAGACAAAGACAAAAACCGAAUUGUUUUUGUGAACACAGAUACACAGUCAAUGGGAGACAUUGUCAAAAAGAGAGUCGUACAAGAACUACAGCGACAAUUAGGAUCUAAGCUAUAUACCGAAAAAAACGUCAUGCUCUCCAGUACACAUUCGCAUAGUGGCAUGGGUGGUUACUUGCAAUACACUCUUUAUGAAUUUGCCUCUUUAGGAUGGAUAGAAGAAACAGUUAGACCGAUGGUAGAUGGCAUUAUACAGUCUAUCAUGAAAGCACAUGAUCAUCUUGAAGAAGGAUCAAUCACACUUUCUCAAGGAGAACUAUUAGACACAAAUAUCAACAGAUCGCCUCAGUCUUACUUGAUGAAUCCAAAAGAAGAGCGGUCACAAUAUAAAUAUGAUGUGGACAAAACCAUGACAACUUUAAGUUUCAACAAUAAAGCAGGUGAUGAUAUAGGGCUCAUUAGUUGGUUUGCUGUGCAUGGCGUAUCGGUCAACAAUACCAACAAAUUAAUCAAUGGUGAUAACAAAGGUUAUGCUGCUUAUCUUGCAGAGAAAAUGAUGAAUGGUCAAGAUGUAUUGAGUGGUCAAGGCAAAUUCGUUGCUGCUUUUGCUCAAAGCAAUGAAGGUGAUGUGAGCCCCAAUACAUUAGGCGCUUAUUGUACAGGAACUGAUAUACCCUGUGAUGGAACUCGCGACUUGAAAUGUCCCAAUGGAAGUAGUUGCGUUGGCAGAGGUCCUGGAUGGAAAACAAGUGAUCUUGAAUCAAACCGCAUUAUAGGUCAAAAUCAAGCACACAGAGCACUUGAGUUACAUCAUGCCAGAUCAUCAACACCUCUUGAAGGAAAAGUAGGAUUUGUUCAAAGGUAUUGGGACAUUACAAAAACAAUUAUCAUUGAUCAACAUGGGAAAUACACUCGACCUUGUUCUCCUGCUAUGGGUUAUGCUUUUGCUGCUGGUACAACAGAUGGCCCUGCGUUAGGUGGAUUUUACCAAAAUACAACGCAAGGCACAUUUGGUUGGAAUCUGAUUAAAAACAUGAUCAAGAAACCUACAAGAAAACAAAAAGAAUGCCAAGCACCAAAGCCUAUUUUACUUGAUACAGGAGAAAUAGAAAUACUUCACCCAUGGCAGCCAGAGAUUCUAGAUAUUCAACUUUUUAGGAUAGGCAAUGCAUUUAUUUAUGCAGUUCCUGCAGAAUUUACAACGAUGAGUGGGAGAAGAUUAAAGAACUCCAUUAAGAAAGCUUUAAUCAAGCAUAAAUUAGGUAAUCAAGAUACAGUGGUGAUUCACUCUGGCCCAGCAAAUGGCUAUGCAUCUUAUUGUACCACUUAUGAAGAGUAUCAACAUCAACGAUAUGAAGGUGCUUCAACGCCCUAUGGUCCUCAUACAUUACAAGCCUAUAUGAAAGCAUUUAAUGAGCUUGUGUUUAUGAUGGCCAAUCCAAAUAAUCACAGUUUUGUAUCCGAAGAUUUACCAGACUAUACUGAAAGAGGAUUCAAUCUAUCUCCUAUGUAUCGAUCUGAUCAGCCUCAUUUGUUUAGAUCUUUUGGUGAUAUUCUGAAAGACGUAUCAUCCACUUACUAUAGUGUCCAUUUGAUGCCUUCUCCUUUUGUUGUCUCUGCCAUAUUUGUCGCAAGUAACCCUCGUAAUGAUCCUAUGCUGGGUCAAACAUUCCUUACUGUGGAAAAAAAAGUGGGCAAUACAUGGAAAGUGAUAAGAACAGACGAUGACUAUGACACCAGGUUUAUCUGGAGAUACAAGAGUCAAGUAUUAGGCAUGUCUGAGGCUACUAUAGAAUGGCAUGUCCCUAACAAUGUAGAACCAGGCAUUUAUCGCUUGGGAUACAGAGGGAAUAAUAGACCACCCUUUAGCAAGAAACUGAUACCUCAUCAAGGUUAUUCUAGUGAAUUUGAAAUAAGUAAUUUGUAUUAAAAAAAAAA